AUGCAGUUUCAUAAAAUUCCGAAUGUACUUGCACCGCUUGUGGGAAAGGUGAUUAGUGUUUCUGGUUGGCUCGUACAUACAAACCGACACAUUUCAAAGUCCAUUAAGUUUAACCAGCUUCGUGAUGUGCAAGGCAAAUAUCUCCAGUUAUUUUCUCAGGAGCCCUUGCAAGUUCCCAAGAAAUGGUCGGCAGAAAACAUAUGGGAAUCUGCUGGUAACGCAAAACCCGUCUCUUCUGCUUUGGAUGAUACAGCUUAUCAAGCCGUUUCGCCAGAAAGUGUUGUGAACAUCACCGGCAAAUUGCAAUAUCGACCUGAACGAGAUCGCAGACAAGGAAACGAAUUUGAGUUAAAAGUUGAGAACUUGGAAGUUUUAAAUAUGGCUCAUUUCAUUCCUUUUGGUCCGAAUGAUGAGAAUACCAGUUUACCUGUUCAACUAACCCAUCGUCAUAUCCAACUUCGAAAUCCAAAAUAUAAUCAUAAUCUCCGGACAAGAUCUCAUAUAGCACAUAUUGUCCGUAAUUUUUUUCACAUGAACGAGUUUGUGGAAGUGGAAACUCCGCUGCUUUUCAAGUCUACACCUGAAGGCGCUCGCGAAUUUUUAGUUCCUUCUCGACAAGAACCGGGGAAAUUCUAUGCGUUGCCCCAAAGCCCUCAGCAAUACAAACAAAUAUUGAUGGCUAGUGGAAUUGGAAGCUAUUAUCAGUUAGCUCGUUGUUUUCGUGAUGAAGACUUACGUUAUGAUAGGCAGCCAGAGUUUACCCAAAUUGAUUUAGAAAUGAGCUUUAUCAAUUCCCCUGGGCAGAUUAUGACUGUAAUUGAAAAUUUAUUUUCCCAACUUCUACAAAAACUGGGGAAAAAUCCUAUAACAUCUCCCUUUCCUCGAUUGUCUUAUGCUGAUGCUAUAGAGUUCUAUGGUUCUGACAAACCAGACGUACGUUACGAUUUAAAGUUACUAAAUUUAACGCCUUUUCUUCCAAAUUCUGAAGUUUCUACCGAAGUCUUGGUCUUAAGAGACGUGAAGAAACCAAUUAGCAAUGCGGAAGCACGCGCUUUAUGUGAGCAAAUAGGGCAAGACGUGUCCUUCGUGACAAUUCGUUCCAAUUCUCAAUUAUCCGGAUGGACUAGAAAGGUCCCACAACUAAAACACCUAUCCCUUGACCUAGAAAAAAUCAAUGAAAAGCUUGGUCUGUCUCCAGAGCUGACACUUUUUAUAGCGAAUCGCCCUAAGUACAUGUCAUCUGGUACAACUCCUCUGGGUAGGCUUAGACCUCUUUUACAUGAUCUUUUAGUAACGCAGCGUCAACUUCCACCCUUGAAUGAUGAUCUUCUAAACUUUACGUGGAUUGUUGAUUUUCCUCUUUUCUCGCCUGCCGACACAAACUCUGAAUCUUUGGUAUCUACCCAUCAUCCCUUUACCGCUCCUCAUCCUGAAGAUUUACAUAAUCUCUCUUCCAGUCCUUUAAAUGUUCGAGCUCUCCAUUAUGAUUUGGUUGUAAAUGGAGUAGAGCUGGGAGGCGGAAGUAUUCGCAUACACGAUCCUAAACUUCAAUCUAUCAUUUUAGAACGUAUUUUGAAGCUUAAUCAACAGCAACUUGACACAUUUGAUCAUCUGAUCAAUGUUCUACAAAGUGGAUGCCCACCACACGGCGGAAUAGCACUAGGAUUUGACCGGCUCGUUGCUCUUCUUGUAAAGUCCAAUGGCAUACGAGAAGUUAUCGCAUUUCCAAAAACAUCUUCAGGGACUGAUCUACUGAUAGGAAGCCCCUCUACGGUAACUGAAGAUCAACUAAAAGAAUAUCAUAUUGAAAUAACUAACAAAAUCUAA